CCAAAGUGCGAGAAAAAGAAACCCUAACACAGAAGCCCAUCGGUCCAUCUCUAAAUUCCGAAUGCCCAAACAGCUUCGUCCAAGUACAUCCGCGAAUCGUAUCAUCUGGAAGCAAUCUCCAGAAUAAAUCUUCGUUUCGGGUAAAUUUUUUUGUGUUUGGUGUUGGGUUGUGUAACUUGUGUUAUUGAUGGCCUAGGGUUCCCUUGUGUUGAAUAGUGUCGUGAAGUACGGAAUCUUCGGUUCGUUCGUUCGUUCCUCGAAGAGCUUCCCCAUUUUCGAGUUGUAAUCCUCUCGAAGGCGUAGAAGCAUCAGAUUUAGGGGCACGCAAGGCCCGGCGGCGUUGAAGAUAAUACCACGGAUCAAGCUUCCUCAUAGUCGUCCCAAGUCUUCUGGUUUAUAGAAAAUGGGAGACGGGUUUGAUGAUGAAGCUGAGGCUGAUCAGACGAUUUCAAUUGGGGAUUACCUCAAAGCUGUUGAAGAAGAGGAGUUGGAGGCCGAUCUGGUCCUGGGUGGUGACGAAGGCAAGGAGUGUACCUAUAACAAAGGAUAUAUCAAGAGGCAAGCAAUUUUCUCAUGUUUGACCUGCACUCCUGAUGGAAAUGCUGGUGUGUGCACAGCCUGUUCUUUAUCUUGCCAUGAAGGGCAUGAGAUUGUGGAACUAUGGACCAAAAGAAAUUUCAGGUGUGACUGUGGGAAUUCAAAAUUUGGGGAGUUCUUCUGCAAGCUCAUGGCUAACAAAGAUGUAGAGAACACUGAAAAUAAGUACAACCAUAAUUUUAAGGGUACAUACUGCACAUGUGAUCUGCCCUAUCCUGACCCCAAUGUCGAAGAACAAGUUGAGAUGAUCCAAUGCUGUAUCUGCGAGGAUUGGUUUCACGAGGAGCACAUUGGUCUUCAAUCUAAUGAUAAGAUCCCAAGAGACGAAGAGGGUGAGCCUCUCUAUGAAGAUUUUAUCUGCCAGACAUGCACCAGUCUUUGCUAUUUUCUGACUUACUAUCCUCAGAUCAUUUUAACAUCGGAUACUUCAGACACUGCAAACCAAACAGUUGGUCCUAAUGAAUCUAAUGUGAGCCACCUUGAUUUGGACACUUUUCCCAAACAAGCAGAAGCUGAAGGUGUAGUAGUAGUAGCUAAGGAAUCUCCUGAAUCCAGUGGCGUAAGUGAUAAAUGCAUUGUCGAAGACAUGAUUGGAACCCCACCGGCUACAGGCAGUGGCAAGCCAUUGUUUCUCUCCAAAAAUUGGCGGGAAGCCCUCUGUAGGUGUGGAAAAUGCACGGACAUGUAUGGCCAGAGGGGACUCGGGUUCUUGCUUGACAAUGAGGACUCCAUUGCUGAGUAUGAGGUAAUGGCGAAGCAGAAAAGAAGCGAGAAUAUGCAGAAACAAGAGGGUGCUGAGAUGAGCUUUCUCGAUAAUCUUGGUCAUGUCGAGAAGAUGGAAAUACUAAACGGAAUUGCUGACAUGAAAAAUGAGAUCUUCUCCUUCCUGGAAACCUCGGACCCUUCGAAGCCUAUAACAGCUGCAGAUGUCCACCAGGUCUUUGAGAAUCUCAGCAAGAAAAGAAAGCGCACCGGGUGAAGUUAUGGACUAAAAUAAAUGGUACGCGUAUCAAAACCUAUCUGUAUGUUGACAAUGGAUCGUAGUUUAUUAUAAUGUCUGAAUAUGGAUCGAUGCUAGUUGAACUCCUCUAUGUUAUGUAAUUACUAGUAAGUUUGGUGCAAUCUUUAUGUUCGGUUUAUGGUUGUGAGAAAAUGCCUGUCUGAUCCCGACACUCAGCUAUCUUACUACCUGUUUCGAUUCGGUUUGGUUCGAUCUUAUGCUAUGUCUGCUUUUAGCUUAAUCUAAGGAAGAUUAUUGCUUCUGUGAUUA